AUGAGUUUUCUUCCAAAAUUGCGAGAAAUCGCAAAUAAUUUUGGAGUUGAACUUAACAGGAGCAAGAUUUCAUACUUGUUGUCGAAAUUUUUUAGUUUGAUUCCUCAAAAUCUCAAUGGAAAUGAGCAAACUGAAUUAUUAGCUCUCAGUUACAUAUUAAAAGGGGAUACGGUAAAAUCAGAUUCGAUAUUAAACAUUUCUCGUUCUAUACCAUCAAAAUAUUCCGAUAUAUUAUUAGUAUUAGUGUUAUUAUCGGAAAAUAAUGAAAGAAAAGCAAAUGUAUCUCUCAACAUUCCUACAAUAAAACAGAUAGAAAAUACAACAGACAAAUAUCAAGAAUAUAAUACUGAUAUUACUUUUGAAGAUUAUAUCAAACAACGCUUUGCAGAUGUUCAAAAUCAGCAACUUACAUUACUUUCAACUAGUGAAGCGUCACAAGUUAUUGUUAUGACAUUAACCGGUUUAAAAACAGAUUACACAGAAAUAUUAGAUGAUCAGAUUAAAAUCACAACUCAAGUAAGAUUUGAACAUCAUACAGAAGCAUCUUCAAUUGAAUUAUUCCGUAAAUUUUGUCAAAUUGGACAAACACGUUUACAAAUUGUAAAAAGUCUUAAACAUGAUUCGUUUUCAUAUGAAAUUCGACAUCAUCUUGCUCAUUUUGAUGCAUACAUUUCAACUUUAAUUGAUAAUUCGCCAACAUCAAUUCUCACAAAAAUUCGCCCCUUCGGACAAGUUUUCAAAUGGAUAUAUCGACUUCUCCAAAAAGAAUCAUUUGAUGAUAUACAUAAGGAACUUCUUCUUAGCUCUCAAACAAGUUUUAAAUCAAGUUUAUCAUUAAAUCUUUGGCAAGCUGCAUUUGAAGAGACAGCUAGACCACUCUACAACUUUGCAUUUACAACAGAUGAAUUUGAACAGCCAAAAAUCUUGUUUACUUUUAAAGAUAUCAAAGAAGAUUGUAUUUUUGCUGGAGAACUCCUUAGAUUUCUUAGAGAUGCUGCACCAUCGCAUCCUGUUAUCGAACUUUCCAUUAAAUUUGCUGAGGUUUUUCUGAAUUUAGAAAACAGAUUAAAUGAAUACGAAAAACGCUGCAACAAAGCAAUAGAAAGGAACACAGACCAAUGGAUACGAUUUCAUGCACAUCAAGAAGAAAUCAAGUACAAUAAAUUUGUUCGCGAACAAAACGCAGCACGUGAAAAUUUGAGGCAAGAAAGAAUCAGAGAAUUAAGUGAAAUGAACAGACUGAAAAAAGCAAAACAGGAAGAAUAUGAUAGACUUAGACAAGAAGCUGAAGAGUAUAAAGCCAAAAAGAAGGAAGAGGAAAGACAGCAAAAAGAAGAAGAGAAAGCAUACAUUGAACAAGUAAUGUCUGCAAAAUCAGCAAAUCCUGUAAUGAGGCCAUUAACUCAACACGAAUUAGAACUUGUCGAAAGAGAGAAAUUAGAUUUGUUUCUUGAGUUCCAGGACCAGAUGAGAGAACUUGGAGCAAGUGAAGAACAAAUCAUGAAGUUCUUCCCUGACAUUAAUAUUCCUGAAGAUGAAAAUGAUGCUUUGAAUGUAAAUGUCGAAGAAAUCGAAGAAGAAGAAGAGGAAGAAAAGAAAAUCGUUGAAGAAGAAGAAGAACAAGAAGUUGAACAACAAGCACCAAUAAAAAUGACACCAGAUGUUUCUAAUAACUUGAUCCAGUUGCAAUAUACAUCUUUUGUUGAUGAAAUUGAUGAAUCUGAAACUGAUCACCAAGAAUUUCAUCGUCCUCAAGAGCAACAAAGAGGAAAUCAAGAAGAAGAUGUUCAAACAACAAAUAAUGAACAAGAAACAGCUGAUAAUAACCAAAUUUUGGAAAAUAAUCAAAAUGAUAAUCAAAAUAUGGAUAUUGAGGAAGAAGAGGAGGAAGAGGAAGAAGAUAUGUAUGAACUUGCGCCACCUUUGCAAACAAUUCCUGCAAUUUUCCAUAGAUUAGUAAUUCCAUCUUUUAAAUUACAACACAAACUUAUAUCUAAAGCAGUUUUCUCGCUUAUAAAAGCAAGAGAUUUAUUUGUUGAUCAACUUACGGCUCUCAGGAAGAUUUUUCUCAUUCAACCUUCUCCGAUGAUGGAUAAAUUCAUUGAAGAAUUCACUGAUAUUCCAUAUCAAUUAGGAUCGAAUGUGAGAAUUACAAGAGCUUUCAAACAAGGUUGUGAAAAAGCAGGAUUUAAAGGAGCUGUUUCUAUUUCUCUUGAUGUUAAUCAGCCAACAACUGUUCAAGGAAUCAUUGAACAAUUAGAUGGAAUGAUUAUAGAGUUGGCUCCUGAAGAGAUCUUCCUAAGAUUGUUGCCUGAUUCCAUUAUCAAAGAAUAUGUUGCUACUUUUAGAAUGAUCAUGAUGCUUGCCCUCGCUAAAGCUGCAAUCAAGAAGCUUUGGAGACUUGAUAGAGAUUCAUAUUCUCAUCAAAGCGAUGCAUUUGCUUUUAGAUUUAUGUCUCAUUUUGUCAUUGCAACAGAAGCAUAUCUUUAUGGUUCUGCAUUAGCAAGAGUUGUUCCUGAUUUAGAGAAAGUUUCUUAUAAUGAAAGCAUUGAAGAAUAUCUGCAAAGCCACAGAAAUGUUGUCAAAAUUAUGUCGAUUUAUACAUUAACUUCCCAAGAUAUGCUUCCAUUUAAAACAAACCUUUGUUCUGCACUUGGAGAAAUUAUCAGAUACGCAUAUGGUCCACUUCUUGGUGAGUCUGGUAUUUCUUCAAAUGAUUUCUUUAACAAUGCACAUGUUUUCGCUGAAUUAACCAGACAAAUGGAUGAUUCAUUUGCUGGUCAAAAUGAAACUUACAAAUUACUUUAUCUUUUGUUUGAAGAUUUUCUCAAUGAAAAUAAUUAUGUUUAA